GACCUUUAAAGUUAAGAAACUUCAUUGUCGUCAAGUGGCGGGUUGAACUGGUGGACUCUCAUAUUUUGAGAAUUUUUCCUCAUCAAGAUUGAAGGAAAAUUCUUCAAGAUGAGUCAAAUGGCAUACCAUUGGGAAGCGAGAUUCAGACAGCGUCAGGUGGACAAGGCACACGCUGCUAAGCUGCUAGAGGCCGAAAAACUAGCAGAAGCAGAAAGACUGAGGUCUGAGUUGGCGGCAAAACAGGCCUACGAGAAACAGCAAGAGGAAGAUAAUCGCAAAAAAGCCCUCCAAAAGCAGAUCCAGUCGAGAGACAAAAGCGGUAUCAAGAACUCCUACAGGGAACGUGAGCAGCAACUACAGCGGCUACUGCAGGAGCAAUGCUGGCACAACAGCAUGAUCGCCAAGAUGGAGAAAGAGGAUAAGGCGCAGUUGCACAGCGACGCUUUGCGGGAUCACUACAGCAAGUCCAAGGUCCUGCGAGACCAUGGUCUGUACCGAGGGGACCCGUCAUUCUUUGUGGAUGCCGAAUAUUCUUGAAAGGCACUCAGGAGACUUCUGCACAAUUUGCAUCCGUGGGAGGCAUGACCAGAAAUCCACAGGAUGUGACUGUUUACUUGAGAGCUCUCCAGAUUCCAAAGAGUAAAAUUUUGCUCUAUUGAAACGAAAAAAAAACACAAACCACUCAUUCUUACUGAAAAUGGGGAUAAGCUGAAUUGAGGUAAAAUCUCUCACACUAGUACAAGGGCAGAUCCCCCAUGAGCCUGAAGCAUUCUUUUAAAAAAAUAUCAUACGGCAAAUUUUUUGGCCUAUUCCGUUUGUCUUCCUUCAAAAAGCCUGCAAAAAGAUGGUAGACGCCAAAUAAAUCUUCAACCCUACGAAAGGCCGCAAAAGAUUACAUGAAUAAAUUUCCAAAGUUUUCUCCCCAAAAGAAGUUUGCACCCCCCAUGAAAAUUAAAAUAUGUGGCGCUGGAUCCUUCCUUGCACCAGUUGGUCAAGAUUUCACUUACGUAUCAACUUGGAGACUCCUUUCAGAACCCUCCCAACCAAAGCAUAGAGAAUUUUUCAGUCUAAAUCAUCAGGUCCCUAGUUUUACUCUCUGGAAUGAAAGAGCUCACUUAUAAUUACGGCAGAACCGAUUGUUAAGGAUUAUUCAUUAUGCCUUGGCAGGUGUGAUGCUGUUUUUUAAACAUUGAUACAUGUUAGGUCUGUUUUCUCACAGUUGCAAAUAAAAGCACUGCAUAAUGCCUGAAGCUAGUUUGCAGCGUAGAUGUACUAAGUAAAUACACCACUAGUGUCAACGUUAGUACUCAAUGUUGAUGUUUUUUGACGAAUGCCACUGCUUUAACACCUAAAUUUUGUACAUUCUCAAGGAGAUUUUUUCCUUAAUCACUGCAGUGUGCCUGUUAUUUGGGGGGGUACCUCUCAUGAAGAUGAUAUCAAUUUGAAUGUUUCACAUAUGUUGUAAGUUUUGUAAAUUACCAUGUCUUUUUUGCUGAAGAAUUUUACAAAGGGGCUUUAAAUAAACUCUGUUUUAUGAAGACUUGCUUGUGGUUAGGUGUGCUGAAGUUAUGGGGUGGUUGCCAAAAAAUUUCUUAGAAAGACAGGUUUUUAAACUUUAUUUUAGGGGCAUUUUAAAGUCAUGGUUAUUGUUAAUGGAAUGGGCUCGUCAGUAUAAAGUGUAGGUCCAUUUUAUGCUGUAAAGAGGGGCUGUAAUUUCAUGUGACUGAUGAACUGAUUUGUGAUUUGGUUUGUCCUACUGGAAAUGGCUUGAAACUAAUGAAACUAAUUUUUUUAAUUCAAUAAAUGAGGGUUUAUGUCAGUUGACACUCUUCCAUUCUUAUUGUUAGUUUAGACAUGGAGGUAUAGCAUGAACACGAACCGUGCAUGAACGAACACUUUCACUUCUUAAUUUGAACAGUUUUUGUCAUUCAGAUAGUAGCCUUUUAAGUGUGGACAUUCAGGUAGUUCUGCAGGGUUUCAGUCCAAAAGAGUAUGUUUGCCCUCGAUUUUCAAA